GCGGCUAGCCCUACACCCGCCAUCCCAUGCAUGGCCCGGGCGACACUCGACAUGAACGCGGAGGGGCUCGGAGCACGCGGAGGGGGCCACGUAGGGCACGGACCACUCCCCUUCAGCGUCGAGUCACUGCUGGAGGCUGAGCGCGUACGUGGCUCCGAGCCUGGGCAACUAGGGGAGGAGAGGCCGCCAGGUUCCUCGAAGCCCGGGGCCUGGCCCCCACCGGUCACGCACACAUGCCCCCCACGUGCCCCCAGCCCUCCACCCUGCACUCUCCGCAAACACAAAAACAACCGCAAGCCACGGACGCCCUUCACCACCGCUCAGCUGCUGGCGCUUGAGCGCAAGUUUCACCAGAAGCAGUACUUGUCCAUUGCUGAGCGCGCCGAGUUCUCCAGCAGCUUGAGCCUCACUGAGACUCAGGUCAAGAUCUGGUUUCAGAACCGCCGAGCCAAGGCCAAGCGGCUGCAGGAGGCUGAGCUGGAGAAGCCCCUGCCGUUUCCGCUGGGCACGCAGCUGCACAGCUCCGCGGCCGCGUUCGGCGGCGGCGCGGUUCCUGGGAUCCUAGCUGGGCCGGUCGCGGCUUAUGGCAUGUACUACCUGUCUUAG